UAUACAAUUGUACAUGAAAAAGCGCCUUCUUAACUCAUUAUCAUUACAACCACCCACAGGGCUUCAGAACAGAAAAUGAAAACAUUGAUUCAGUGCAUGCAUUCGCAAACAGAGAAUUAAAUCAGAAAUUGCAAAAUAUUACAAAACUCGAACCUGUAAACUAAAGUGGUAAUAAUGGUGUAUGUGAAAGGAGAUGGUACGAUAGUGGAGGGCACUCCGUUCAGCAUCACCGGCUGGUUCUGGGGUAUCAUCAACUUUGUUUACCUGUUGUUCCAGACGAUGAUCAACCCGAACUACAACAAGCACGGCGACAAGUACGUGCGCGACUUCAGGCCGCCAGGAAGCGGGCCUCCAAAGCCGCCGUCUCGCAAGUUCGGCGGCUUCGGUCCGUCGGGCUCCGGGCCUGCGCCCCCGCCAGCCGGCGGCUGCGGCUGCGGAUAAACAUUAACACACACACACACACACACACACACACUCCUACUGCAGCCAUAAGACUAGACAUAUACACACAGACCAACAUAUUGCAGGGAACAUUUUUAAUCUUCUCACAUCGCUAAAUUGCAUGCAGAAGAAAUUGCGUCUUAAUAAGUCAUGUGAUUUAAUUCUUUGCUAUCCACAUAUUUGAGAUAUUUGACUAGCUUUACUCUUCAAAGUGACACAUUUAUUUGUCAUGUGGUUUACUGUCACUGUCAAGUAUAAUGCAGACAUAUAGAAAUUAUGGAAAGUUUCUUCAUAUGUAAUUUUGUUUUGUGAUACUAGAAUUUAGCCGAAUUUGUUUUUUAACAAGCCUAUACAAAAUCUAUAAUCUAUCUCUAAAUAAUGUGAAUCUGUUUAUUCCAUCAGAGAGAUUUCCAAAAGAUUUUGAAUCAGUAUUUUUUUAAUUUAAUCACAUCAUUCAAAAGCAAGGAAGAUAAGCACUUAUGUAUCGUAGUGGGACAAGAAACAUCACUUGCUAGUAGCGUACUGGUAAGUGACGUCACACGAGAUUUUAAAUCACUGUGUCCCCUUAAUUUUAGAUAUACGUAUUCAAUAUUUUUCUGGAAAUCUGACGGAGUAAAGAGUCUGUUUAGGUCAAAUACUCUAUUACUGUGCGAGUCUUGUACAUUGCGUAUUCGCAUAGUUUUGGUAUCAAAAGUCAUUUAUACAUUGCCGGCAAUGUAUGUAUGUUUAAAUCUUUUUAGGUACCUAUUUGAAUCUCCUCGUUGAAGCUGUAUGCUUGUUAAUGCUUUUACUAUUUUUAAAUAGUCGUGUGGUCUAUAUGUUGGUCUGUGUUCAUGAAUAACGUUGUAAUUUAAUUAUAAUAAUUAUAGAUUCUUAACGAAUAUUCCAG